ACCACUUCAAACCUAGAGACAUCAGCCCUAUCAGAAUUUGACACGAAAAAAUAAGAGAGGAAGAGUGAGAGGUCUAUCUGAAGAGAGAUUGACAAGUCUAUCUCAAGAAUUCUGUGCCCCAAGAACCACUUUGGAUUCAAUACGCCACGAUCUACAUGCAUACAUGCAUGGAUCACGGGAGUCAAUUGGGGAUGGCUUACUGUCUUCCCAACCUCAGUGUGCCGGAUCACUACUACACCACCCCUGUUCCUCUUUCUCCACUUCAACUACCCUCCCAUUCCAAGCCUCUCCAGAUGCCAUUGGACCACGAAGAAGCAGUGAUGCUCUCUUCUGACCAUUGUGGGCUAUACCCGCUGCCAGCGCUUCCGUUCGGCCACGGCCACUCCGGCGCCGUCGUCUCCAAGAAGCCCGCGGUCGGUUUCAUUCCUAAUAUUGGGGCUGAGGAGGUGGGCACAUCGACGGUGACGGCAAGAGUUGGCUAUGAGGGUGCUACUGCCUGUAAUACAUGGUGGAGGGCCUCGACGGCGGGGGAGAAGGGGAAGAUGAAGGUGAGGAGGAAGAUGAGGGAGCCGAGGUUUUGCUUCCAGACCAGAAGCGACGUGGAUGUGCUGGACGAUGGCUAUAAGUGGAGGAAAUACGGGCAGAAGGUUGUCAAGAACAGCCUCCAUCCCAGGAGCUACUUCAGGUGCACGCACAGCAACUGCCGCGUGAAGAAACGAGUGGAGCGGCUGUCGACGGACUGCCGCAUGGUGAUCACCACGUACGAAGGCCGCCACACGCACCCCCCUUGCGACGACAACUCCUCCUCCUCUGGCGACAACACCACCACCUGCUUCUGAUCACCUGCUCUCCGUCCAUCGUAGCCAUGCAAGUGCUCGAUCGAUCGAGCAAGCAAAGUGCAUCCACGUUUUGAUCGAUCAGUCUAUCGAGAUCGGCUCCAUAUAUUUUGAAGGAUUAAGGAUGUGACGGCCGGCGUACAAGUCAUGCACGAUCGAUGUACUGGUGAUAUAUUUAUUCGUGCGAUCUAUCCACGCACCAGUACUACAUGUGCAUGCAUGCAUGCAUGCAUUUCUUUCCCGUAGGCAAAUAAAGAUAGUACUUUCCAUGUAUUAUGUGCAUGUGAUCGGCUAGCUACACCGACGCGUGGUUAACAAA